GCGUUUAAAAUCAUAGAAACUCAACAGCAGACCUAACAUAAUUUAACUUGUUUUAUGGACAUCUUCCUUAUUCGCGGUGUUAUAAUUUCAAUUUAAUAUUCAGUACACGUUCAUCUUGUGUCUUUAACCGUAUUUAUUUUUGUAUUUUUUUUUAUUGUUAUUGUUUAAUUGUGUCACUAAAUGCGCGUGUGCUUCAACGUGUUACUUUAUGUUAAAUUUAACAUUCGGUUUUUCCGUUAGUACUCGAUAGCCGUUAGUUACAAGUGGAUGUUGAAACAAGAAAAAAAUUGUUGUUGCAUUCGCUCUAUUCAAGGUGAAUGUCGUAUGGCUUUUAAACAAAAAAGAAAUAAAAAUUAAUAACAACACAAAUAACACGUGAAAAACUUGUUUUUUAUAAUGUAAAAUGAAUGAUUCUGAUGAUUUAGAUACAAAUUCCCAAAUUCUUGAACGAGUGCAAUCGGAUCGCGUAACCGUAACGAAACCUGAAGAGGAUCGAAGAAGACGGACAAUAAUCGUCGAAAAGAAAAACGGUUCGUAUGGAUUCACGCUGCAAAGUUACGGAAUUCACUACAAAAAAGAGCAAGAAAUUGAAAUGAUUACCUAUGUCGAUUACGUUGAUUAUGACGGACCGGCUUAUCGGGCUGGUAUGCGAGAAGGUGACGUUAUUUUAUCCAUCAAUGGAACCGAUAUGGAAAAAGCCGACCAUAAAACAUUAGUUAAUUUCAUAAAAAAUUGUGAUUCGCGAAUGAGAAUGGUAGUGUUAUUUGAAGAUUGCGUUCGCAAGGUCGAGCUUCAUAUGAGAUACAUCCAACUUCAAAGAAUCCUACAAAGCAAAAUGGCCGAGUUAGAAAAAUUAUGUUUAAGAGAGCGCCAAUUAUUAGAAGGAAAAUGGAAAACACACAGUUUACCAGCAAGAAAAAAGCAAACGAAAUCAACGGGAGAUCCAACAACACCAACUCAAGUAACUUAUUCUUACUGCCGACCAACAGUUUCCACCGAAGACGUCGCUAAAGUUCAACAACAAAAACAACACGCACCUCCAACGUUAAUUUUUGCCUAUCAAUAUUUAGACCCGCAUUACCGUUACAUGUUACAACCAUCAACAAGUUCAAGCGGUGAAUAUUUAUUGACGUUUGAACAACCUCGUUAUGCGGAACAACAUUUUAUGGCUGUUCGAAAUAGUUGCGAAAAACAACAAAAAAUUAAUCAACAACAAAUUAAUCAGGUUAAUGUGAAACCGAGAAAAUCCCAAGAACCACAACAAUGCCAUUCUUACGCCGGACAUUUAUGUAAUCCUUGUAUUCAACCAAAUAGUAAUGGCGACAACACGAGUUUAGAAGCGUAUGAUUUAGCGAGUCCUUGUUGCGAUCCUCAUUGUGUUCCAAGCGCACGGAGGCGUUCAAGAAAUCAUAAAGAGCAUAGAAAAAGAGAUUCUCGAACAGAAGAAACCCAAACAGAUCCGCAAGAACAACAUCAAAGACAACCACCAAGAAGACCGCAUUCAACUUCUUCUUCGCAAACUCAAACGCAUUCAAUCCCAAGAAGAUAUUUGCAAUUUGGUGCUGGAUUAGUAAGUCAAUGUAGUUUACAUUCGUGUACUUCAAGUGAAUUAAGUGGAAUUGCCCCAACAACAACUGGGGAAAGUUCCGGGAGUUACACAACAUCUUUAAGUACGGAUACUUUGUACUGGGAUGGUUCUUGUGAAAUGAAUUCAAGACAGGUUAGUAUUAAAAAUAAGCAUGAUCAUCAAAGAUAUCAUCAACAAUCACCACAUCAACAACAACAACAACACCAACAACAUCCAUCACAUCAACAACAACAUGAAACAACAACUUAUAUCCAAUAUAACCCGGUUAAACCAAAAUCUUGGGAUAAUUUAACCACGAAAGCUUUUGGCGGUUACGGUUUUGGUUAUGGUUACUUAGAUACGACGAAAAAAAAUCAUAGAACACCAAGCGUUAGUAGUAGUAAUAGUACUUCCAAAGGACAAUACGGUCGAAUUUCCAGCGGCAACGAGAAACAAAAUAAUUCUUCCCAAACUCAACCUCAAUACACUCCACACACUCAUCGAAGAUAUUUUCAAGCGACCAAAUCAACAGAAAGCCUUUUAUCCGUGCCGAAAUAUUCAAACGAACCACUAUCGGAUAGUAGCGCUGAAGGCAUUGAUAAUAUUUCACCUAGUCCAGAUACCAAAGAAAAUAAUCGUUUCUUCCAAAGCCCGAGGCAAAGUGUCGCUAGUCCCACCGAUCCUAAUUUCGGAUAUUAUAGUGCUAGAAGAACCCAAAGGAAUAUUGUUACAACUAGUUCAGAAGCAACACGACUUUAAAUUUCGAUUAAAAACAAUUAUUUGAUACCCGAUUUCAUAAAUAUAUUUAAAAAAAAGUAUUAAAUGCAGUUAUUUUACAGAUAAAGUAAUAAUUUUAGGUUUAACAUUUCAUUUUGACGUUUAAAAUGAUGAAUCAUUAAUGUAGACGUCAUGUAAAAUGUCAUUUACCCAUUUCAUAAAGAAUUAACCUUUCAGUAUGCGCGCUUACACAAUCUCAGGCGGAGGACUGUGAGUCUGCAAUUACUAAUAGAAAUGAUCGUCGGGCAAAAAAUAGCAUUAUAACUUAAGCCGUAACCCAAAUAUUUCUAGUUCUAGGUCUAGUGUUAGUUCUAGUUUUAGUUCAUUAAUAAUACACACCUAUCUAGCGCAGGAUAACGACUAAAAUUAGAGAUAACACUAGCACUAGAACUAACAUUGUACCUAGAACUAGAAACAUUCGGGUUUACCCGUACGUCUCUUAAGACGGCUAAUCCCGAAUGUAUCUAGUUAUCUACCUAACACAAUAUCAACUGAAACCAGAACUAACACCAGACCUAGAAUUACAAAGUUUCGAGUUUAAACAGGUUUUUAUUUAUCUUAUAUUAAUAGUUAUUAGAAUUGGUAUUAUUGCCUAUUAACAAUAUUGAAGUGUUCUAUUCAUUUAAAUAUUGUCAUUUGAAACAGCUAGCUAAUAGAAGAUGGUGCUAGUGCGAAGUUAGAAAUUUUGCGUGUACUGAAAGGUUAAGACAACAGAAAUGAUGUCUUCAGGAAAAUGUUAAUUGAUUUGUGAAAGAAAUAAUAUGAUGGUUCUGAAUUUGUUCUUUAUAUUGAAACCUACAUACAUAUUUUGAUAAAAGAUACAUUUUUUUACGCUUUAAAUGUCAAUUUGAUGUUUGGAAGAUCUAUUUAAAGUUAUCACUUUUGCCAUUUCAACUCUGUCAUUUAGACGUUAACAAUGAUUUUGAUUUCUGAAACGAAAUUUUUAAGCUGAAAAUAUCAAUUUGAGUUUUGUAAUAUGUUUUUAACCACUUUAAACGUCAUUUUUGACAUUACAAAUGUCAUAUCUGAAAUGUUUAAAAUGUCAUCUUGACGUUUGAAAUGUCAUUUUUUUUAUAAUUUCCGUUAUUAUAGAGUUUUUUUAUUUUGUCUUUAUGAAAUAGGGUCUAAAAAUAUUUCAUUGUGUACCAAAGAGUUAAAAGUGAUUAGUAUUAUUGUUCUAAAAAAAAGUUACCGAGCACAACGUUUAAAAAUAGACAAUAAGUUGUCGGAGAUAAAGUGAGUUUUUUUAAAGAUUUUUUAAAGAAUAUUUUGUCGGUGUUAAUUUAUACAUAUAUGUGUACAAGGUGUUUUUAAUCAGGGUUUAAAAAUUGGAUAUGUACGGAAAUAAGUCUACAAAUCAACCGUUUAUGAAAAAACAACGAAUCUAUUCAAAUAACAGACCAAAUUUGCUUUCGAGGUUGCAAGGUAUUAUAGUGUUUCUGUAUUGUGUUGAUUUUUCAUUUUUGAAUAUAAUUAUUCAAAUGAAAUUAUUAUCGAAAAAAGAAAUGGUCUAUUCUAAUUCUAAUUUAUCUGGCAAUAGCAAAAUUUUCAUUUAUUGGUGGUAUAAAAGGUAUACAGUGUGUAGUAUAUAGGGUAAAUUACGUUCAUAAGUUUUUGUGCAAAGCAUACAAUCCAAAUUUAUCAUAGUUUAUAGUUUUUGGACUAAUUUUUUAUGAAUUUGACUAAAUGAAAUGGUAUUUAAUAUCAACAUGUUUUGUUCGCCUUGACUUUUUAAAGCUGGUUUGUCUUUAUCCUUAGCCAACUUGCUGUUCCAUUCCCCCAUAAUUUCCUCCACUAUGCAUGGCAGUCGGGUUUUCUUAUGUUGCCCAUGUAGACAUUCUCUUUUUGGCGCUUCAAUGGAGACGGUUCUAUAUGCACCAGUGAUUCUUAACAAUACUUUUCUCUGUAUUUUUGUCAAUCUCACAUGUUUUUUAGUUUCAAACGCAUUACUUCACGCUUUACAGGCGUAUAACAUUUGCAAAAAUACAUCUGAGCCAAUCAACUUUCUGCAUUCCUUUCUUGGUCCAUAAGUAGAACGGAAUUCGGUGUAGAGAGAUUCCAUCCGAGAUCCUUCCCCAUCAUUACACCCUUUCAUCUUCAUUUCUAUUGUUUCUUCGCUCGCCUACUACUCCAUCUUAUUUAUUACACUCAUUAGUUCUUAUUGUGCUCUCCUUUUUAUUUCAGUUUCGUCCCAUCCAGUUAUGACAAUCGCCAUGUCGUCCGCGUAUGCUACAAUCUUAACAUUUUCUUCGUUUAGGUACAUGCGACCUCAGUGUUUCGUUGAAAUAAAUAGUUUUUAACUACGUUAACCAAC